CCAACAUGCGGUCUUUUCGAACUUUCCUCAAGAAUGAAUACUAUAUACAGCGUCCAGACAGCCCUGAUUGACGCGGCUUGCCGAAGGGCGCAUUCACAACAAGACAAUCGACCAUCGUAUUGGUACGGAGUAGAGAGUUGGCCAAGGCGCGCUGUAGGGCCUUCCGCAAAGGCAAACUCACUUGUGAACAAGCCCUCACCGCGUAAGACAGAUAUACAUGACACACGCCAGCAGACUCGGAGACACAUCAUCAGCCAGCGCCAUGACGUGGACUGACGGUGUAAAUACGAGGGCAGCAGUAUAUAUGACGGAUCCAUCCUCCGACAGCAGUUGCAACCAGCCACUGAUCCGUACCUCUUUCCUGCAAGACCUGUCGUUGUCAAGACAUGCGCAACUCCAUUCUGGCCGCUUCGGCCACAGCCGCCAUUGCUCAGGCUGCGUCGCUGGACCAAGUCUGCACCGCUGCUCACGUUCGCAACUCGCUCCCUGAGAACGGAACCUACCUCUUUUAUCCCUCCUCUGUCACCGCCAACGCCGUCUACAACACCUCGGUCAGUGGCCAGACCUUCUUCCCUGACAGCACCUUCAACUACUGCAACGUCACCUUCGCCUAUGGUCAUGCCGGAAAAGAUGACAGAGUGCUUCAGGAGUACUGGCUCCCUAGCCCAAGCAAUUUCAAAAACAGAUGGAUGAGCACUGGAGGUGGUGGUUUUGCCAUCAACUCAGGCUCAAACUCACUCCCGGGUGGCAUCAUCUACGGUGCAGCAGCAGGUAUCACCGAUGCUGGCUUUGGAGAUUUCACCACCAACUACGACACUGUCUCGCUCUACGCAAACGGCACUCUUGACUACGACGCUCUCUACAUGUUCGGAUACAAGGGUAUAAGAGAGCUGACUGUCAUCGGUCGCGAGUUCACCGCAAACUUCUUCGACACCAAGGAAAAGGUCUACACCUACUAUCAGGGUUGCUCCGAGGGCGGUCGUGAUGGUUGGAGUCAGGUCCAGCGCUUCAGCGACGCUUUCGAUGGUGCCAUUAUUGGAGCACCUGCCAUCCGCUACGGUCAGCAGCAAGCCAACCAUCUGUUCGCCAAUGUCGUUGAGCAGACUCUCGAUUACUAUCCUCCUCCUUGCGAGCUCCAGAAGAUUGUCAACGAGACGAUCGCUUUCUGUGACCCUCUUGACGGCAAGACCGACGGUGUCAUCGCUCGUUCUGACCUGUGCCAGAUUCACUUCGAUCUCAACUCUACUAUUGGAAAGCCAUACCACUGUGACGCCACACAAGCUUCCAGUCUUGGCUUCGGCUUCGGCAGUAAGCGCAAGAGACAGAUUAUGGGCAGCACCAGCUAUGAGCCCGAGCAGAACGGCACUGUUUCCGCACAAGGCGUUGAGCUCGUUCGCACCAUUCUCAAUGGUCUUCAUGACUCGGAGGGUCGUCGUGCCUACAUCAAUUACCAGAUCGGCGCUUCGUUCGAAGACGCCUCUACUACCUACAACACCAACACCGGCGCUUGGGAGCUUGACAUCGCCUCUACUGGCGGUGAAUGGAUCGCUCGCUUCAUCAACCUGGUCGAAGCCUCCAACCUCGACACUCUCGCAAACGUCACCUACGACACUGUCAAGGAGUGGAUGAUUCAAGGCUGGUACAUGUACGAAGAUGUUCUCCAGACCACCAACCCCGACCUCUCAGCCUUCCGCGGCGGCGGUGGUAAGAUUCUCACCGUCCACGGCGAACAAGACGACUCCAUCCCCACCGGCUCGUCCGUCCACUUCUACGAAUCCGUUCGCAAGACAAUGUACCCCAAGCAGUCCUACAACAACAGUGUCGCCGCCAUGAACGACUGGUACAGACUCUAUCUUGUGCCCGGCGCUGCCCACUGCUCAACCAACACUCUACAAGCCAACGGCCCAAUUGGCAAUUUUACCUUUGUACUAGGGUGUUCGAGCAAUCACCAUGCUCGAGGAGAGGAGCGUGCAUACGCGCAUGUCAGAGUUUGA